UUACGAUAGUGAAGCAGGUUUAUGACACAUGUUCUGUUGAUAUCUACAGACUAAGCGAUUUAUGUCAUACGGUUUAAGAAAAUGAUCCACGCGUUGAUUUUGUUUUCUUUGUGUUUUUGUCAUCUGCUUGGUGUUUUUGUUGCUGAGACAAAUGGAGUGAAGUCCUUGUCAGUGAUGGAGGGAGAUACUCUUAUUCUAGAAUCUAAUGUUACUGAAAUACAGACAUGUGAUGAGAUAGAGUGGACAUUUGGAAACAUUCGAAUAGCUAGAAUCAAAAGAGUGAGCGGUAUCUUCUCUACAUCUUAUGAAGAUGAUUUGAGAUUCAUAGACUCCAGACUCCAGCUCGAUAAUCAAACUGGAUCACUCACCAUCACUAACACUAGGUCUGUACACACUGGAGUUUAUGAUCUAACUAUCAUGGUCAGAAAUGUGCAGUCAAUCCAGAGUUACAGUGUUACUGUUUAUGCUCUGUUGCCCAUUCCUGUAAUCUUCAUUGACACAUUAGCAUCCUCUUCAUCAUCUGAAAGAUCAUCGAGGAUCUUCCUGUGUUCAGUGUCCAAUGUGAGCCGCGUGACUCUCUCCUGGUACAAAGGAAACAGUUUAUUGUCCAGCAUCAAUGAGUCUGAUCUCAGAAUCAGUCUCUCUCUACCUCUGGAGGUGGAAUAUCAGGAUAACAACACCUACAGCUGUGUGCUCAACAAUCCCAUCAGCAACCAGACCACACAUCUGGACAUUACUGACUUCUAUUUGAUUUCAGACUCUUUCCGUUGUUGUGAUUCUGUUGAAGCUGUGACCCGAUUAGUCGUCACUGCUCUGAUGGGCGUGGCUGCUGUGGCUGCUGUUGUUGUUCUGCUUUAUGACAUAAAAUCCAGAACAGGAGAGAAGAGAACAGACAUCAACAUCAGACGUGUGUUUGGUGUUGGGACCAAUGAAGUGAAGUCUGUUUCAGUGAAGAAGGGAGAUUCUAUAAUUCUACACAGUGAUGUUAAUGGGAUACACAAAUAUGAUGAGAUCGAGUGGCGUUUUGUACAACUACGUAUAGCUAGAAUAAAGAAAGCAAUCGGGAAUGAUCCUCAAUAUGAUAAUGACGAAAGAUUCAGAGACAGACUGAAGCUGGAUCAGACUGGAUCUCUGACCAUCACAAACACCAGAACCACAGACUCUGGACUUUAUCAAUUAACUAUCACUAUUAAGAAUCAGGAGACUAUCAAGAAAUUUAAUGUUACUGUUUAUGCUCGUCUUCCAGUUCCUGUUAUCUCCAGAAACUCUUCACAUUGUUCAUCAUCAUAUUGUUCAUUGGUGUGUUCAGCUGUGAAUGUGAGUCAUGUGACUCUCUCCUGGUACAAAGGAAACAGUUUAUUGUCCAGCAUCAAUGUGUCUGAUCUCAGCAUCAGUCUCUCUCUACCUCUGGAGGUGGAAUAUCAGGAUAAAAACACCUACAGCUGUGUAGUGAACAAUCCUGUCAGCAACCAGACCAAACAUCUCAACAUCAGCAAACUCUGUCACACAUGUGCAGAACCAUUUAUACCCUUAUUGAACAUACCCUUACUGAUCUCUGCUGCUGCUGCUGGAUCUCUGUUGAUAGUAGCUGCAAUCUGGAUCUUCUGGAUCUGCCAGAAACAAAAAGAAACACAUCAACAGGUUCAGACCCAUGAUGAUGUAACUUAUGCUGAUCCAACGUUCUUCAAAAGAAAUGCACAUAAAGUG